GUCAACUCUGGCAUUAAAAACAGUCCCCAGUGCAAGAAAGUGUUCGAACAAUUGCAGAAGGAACACAAGUGGAGAUACAUUGUGUACAAGAUCAACAUGACGUCACUUCUCAUCGACCCAAUCAUAUUCGGAGAUAAAGACGCCAGUUACCAACAGUUUCUGGAUGACCUGAACAAGAGUGGGUGCUGCUAUGCCGUGUAUGACUUCGUCUUCCACAAACCAGACGGGUCAAAGAGGGAGAAGAUCGUAUUCAUCAACUGGGCACCAGAUGACCAGCCUAUGAAGGCGAAAAUGUACCAGAGUUCAACAAUGACGGAGAUGGAGAAGGCAGUUGACGGGUACUACUUGAAGAUGCAGGCCAGUGACAUCGGAGACAUAGCGGAGAAAGACGUGGCAGAACAGCUGAACAAAAUGGUCAAGUGAUCUAUGGCUGAACAGAAACGAAGAUGUGUGAAAGAAAAACUAUGAGAUGUAUUUACUUUACUAUGUAUAGAUUGAGGGAGAUUGAAAGAAACAAUUUUUUAAUAGCCAAACACAAUUCAGUGUUCAAAACAUAGAAUAAAAAUUCGAUCAAAUACGACCAAAUUUUGAACAUUCAAAUUGGUUUCAAUGGCUGAUUUUCUAAAAUAAUAUUCCCAUCACCCGUUUUGUUAUGAUCGUGGGCAUGAUGAUGGGCUUUGUUAAUGGAUCCGUUAUAGAAAUAUGUUCAAAAACUAUUCUUUGUACACAGAUUACAUUAAGAUCCUGUAAAUUGAUUUUGAUGUAUUCCAGUUAACUAAUUGAAAAAUCCUUUUCAUAA